AUCAGCCUUUCGACCUCGGCAUGUGCGCUUGCAUCGUACCUGCCUCUGCUAUACCUCAUGAUCCCCGCUGGCAUGCCACGCUGGGCCGCCCGUUUGCGGAGGCCCAGAUCACGCUCAUCCCCCUAAUGCGGUGCUUCACCUUCAUCAUGCACGACCUGUCGUACAUCUGCGCCUCAGAUAGACGUUAACAAUUAAGCUACACGAGUGAUAAAUCCACGCGAUCCCGUGUACGGACCGGCUGGCGAGCAUACUUGUCGCGGCGGUCACGGUAUGCGCUUCUGCGAGAACAGACUGGUGUCGCUCCCCGAGUCUCCGGCGGUGGCAGAUGGUGAUACAGUGCUGACGUCCUGUGCUGUAUAGACCAAACACAAGCACAUGCGAAGCGUCUGCGCAGUAGAUCGUGUCAGCUGGCGCUC